UUAUUGAUGGUGUGACGUGCUUUUCGAGUUGAAGAACUGUUCGAGAGAAGGAUACUUUGGUUUUCGAGUUAUGUUUGCCUCACAAACGUUGUUCAGCUUGAGGAGGUGUGCGCCUUGUCGGCGUUCGCUUCUGAGGAGCAAAGAGAGCGCUGCGGAAGUGCUGUCCGGCACGAGCUCACUCGACAAUUCGAAUUCCCUCAGAAACGAACGCGGAGGAAAUGAGUUUCACACGAGCUGCGCUCACGGCGGCAGCAGGAAUUUGCUGAAGAAAUUUGUCUCGAAAACGAAAAAAAAGCCUUGGUACAACUCUCAUAAUUUUGGCCCUAAACAUAUGAUCCCACCUGGUCAGUUCGAAGCUUCCAAACCCGCUACCGUGAAGAAAUGGAACCAAGGAGAAAGUGGGAGGAUGCGCAUCCUGAACAGUCUUCUGUUCAAGGCUAUUCGAGAUCUUCUCGACUCUCCUGAAGUCAACUGUGAGGUGUACAACCUCAGUGUGGAGAUUUCCAAAGUUGCCUUGGCAGGAGAUUUUUCCAGUUGCCGUGUUUACUGGAGAACAAGUGGUGCCCACGAGAAAGACGCUGAGAUCCAGCAGGUGCUGGACAGGAGCUCUCCGAGAAUAAGGUACCUUUUGAUAUCGCGGCAGAUUAUGGGAGGUGUCCCACCCGUGAUCUUCAUCAAAGACAAGGAGUAUGCAGCCAUAUCUGAGGUUGAAAAGUUGCUCAAGGUGGCAGACUUUGGUGAAGAACUUAUGGAAGAAAGCAGUGAAAAAAGUGAUCAGAUUGAAAAAGAUGGAGGGAAACCCAAUCUGGCAGCACAUUCUGUAGGAAAAGCUGAUGCUAUGAAGCAGCAGAAUCUGUUUGGCAUUGAUCACGAAGCGCUGAUGAGGCAGAUCCUUGAGUACAAGCAGAAACCAAGAGGCCAUCAAAGUGACGCCUCUACGGUAGCUUUCAUGCAACAGCAGCAGCUUGAACUCCUGGAGGAACUGAGGCGGCAGAAAAUGAUACAGAAGAAGAAGAAGAAAUCCAAGUACCUCAUGGACAAUGACAUAACUCCUAAAGAUUACCUUUUAGCAAAGUAUUUCCAGGAGCAGGACAGUGAUGAACAGGAUGAUGCAGAAUACAAUAAAAUCUCCGACGUCAAAGAACCAGAGGAGAUCAAGAGAAAGUCAUAACCCUAGAUGUUUUUCCCUGCUGAUGUGGCAUUUUGUCUAAUUUAUACUUGAAGAUGCAUUUGAACUGAAUAACUGGUCUGUAGUUUGCAUUCAAUUUAUCAUGUUGUCUGAGUAACCUGAUUGAAGAUCAAAUAAUAGCUGGACAUAAUCUUGGAUAAACUCCUUUGUCCACCUUAAGAGUUUACUGAGAAUGACAUUGGCCAGACAAGAUUUUGUCCUUUAAUAACACUGUUGCUGGUUCCCCAUAUGCAGCAUCGUGAGGAAAAAGCGUCAUCAUUCAGCAUGACUUGGUCCCCUUACGUCUUGUUACCUAAUGUUGCACUAAAGAGCAUCUAGUUAUGUGAUACUCUGCAAGCUCUACAGAGUAUAUUUAAAUUUAAAUGUAAGGCUUCUGAACAUUUUAUUGGAUUUUUCCAAAUUAAGAUUAAGCAAACUUAUUAGAAGUACACCAAAUAGAGAGAAAACAAUAUGCAAGCUUUCUUUUGUGUUUUUGAACAGAUUCAUCUGUUUCAUUUGCAUUGUAGAAAAAGGAGCUACCUGUUUCUGAAGUAACUACCAAGAAUGUUGUGUACAAGAAAUUUUCAUACUGAGGCAGACAAAAACUGUGUCAGACAGUCUUGCUUUUAAGAAUGAGGAAGCUGCUGUGUAACAUUUUAUAUAGCCAGCCUUGGAAAAAACACACUAAACUGUAUUAACAUGAACAAACGUGUUAUUUUUUUGAAUUACAAUAUAUUAUCAAUAAAAAACACAGAAAGACACAGAUAC